AUGGCGUCCAUCAAGCGCCUAUGGAAGUCAUCGUCGGUGCGCACGCGUGCUUGGUCCCUGCGGCUGGAUGACCUCGCUGAGGCCGAACCCGGGAGGGAGUUCCUCCCGCACGGCGUGAAUGGUGCCCGCCAGUCUGCGCAGGAAGCUCGCGCUUCGGCCGCCGCCGCCUCGGUCGCCAUCGAAGCCCGCAUCGACCUCGGCAAGAAUGUCGUCAUCUUUGUGGACCACCGCCCGGCCGGCCCCGACACUGGUGGCCCGCCGGCCGCCGGCGAGGCCCUCUCCCCCCGGCCGCCUCCCCUGCCGCCACCGCCGCCCGUGGCCUUGGGCGUCAGCAGCGCGACCCAGCGCCGGCGUCCUGGCCCCCGGCCCGGCCCGUCGCCCCCCCCGGCCGCGGCUCCCGGGCCCGGCAUCAUCACGGACACGGAGCGUACCGCGGCGGCGGCCGCCGCCGCCGCCGUGGCCGCCGUCGUCACCGGGACCCUCUCAAAGACCGCCCCCUCCGACGUGGUUGCCGCCUUCCACCAGUACAUGCUUGCCAUGCGGUCGCUCUUCGUGGCGGCCGAGGAUGCGCCGCCGGCCGAGUCCCCCCCGCCGGCCGGGCCAUCGAUACCGGCCGAGCCGGCGCCCUCCGACCCUGGAGGCCCUUCCGACGCGGCCCCGCCCGCCUCAUAUGUCCUGGUGUGGAAUCUCGGGCUCCUGCAUUAUUUAGAUUUCGGCGGGCGAUUCCGCUUUGUCAUCCGCCGGCCGGUGUACGGCCCGUCGGUCGACACGCCGGCCCCCACACUGCAGCCCUCGGCCGCCGCGGUGCCCUGCCUGGCGCGAGGCCACUUUUCCGGCGGGGCCGCCUGCUCACUCCUUCUGGCCGCCCACUCGCCAUACCUGAGGCGGCUGCCGGCGCGCGAGCUCCAGCGCCUGCUGGCCGCGUCCUCCUGUACUGGUGGCGGAUCCGACCCCGGCCAUCCGUGGCCACCGGGGCUGGCCGACAUCUGCCGGUGCCCCUGCGCCUGCCCGCCGGCCGGACCCGGCGCCCCGGCCUUCCUGCCAGGCCUGGACUCGGCCGGCGGCUCGCUGCCCCCGCUUUCCGGGCCCCUGUUCGGCGCCUGCCCCCUGUGCCAGCCCUUCGAGCGCGAAGUCCAGGCAUAUGCCCCGUCCCUGGUGGCCGCGGCCACCACUGCCACGCGCAUGCCCUCGACUGCCAGCUGUGCGCAGGUGGCCCCCGGCCCGGCACACCGGCGCGAUGUCACCACCGACUCCUUGCUGCCGGUCACCCGUCCCUGCGGCCCGAGCCGGGAGCUGUCCAUCCUCCGGGCCCCGGCAUCGCCGCCUUUGCCGCCUCCGCCGGCCGGGUCGCCAGCACCACCACCGCCCCCGGGCGAUCCGGGCCCCAUGCUGCCCAUCGGGUCUGGCCCUGUGGCCGGCUCCCAUGCCACUGCCCUCGAUGGUGACCUGCACCCCUGCCUCUUUGGCUGCCCGCGUAUGCGCUGUCUCUUUGCCACGCUGCAUCAGCCCCGGGGGUCGGGCUCCCCGGUUGCCGUGUGCUCUUGCUUCGAUGCGCGGCAGCGCGCGCGCUUGCGCGGCGGCCCGCCGGCUCCGCUGGCCAAUGUCGACCCCGAUCCUGAUGCCGACCCGGUCCCGGAGAUCGUCAUCUCCCUGCCGGACAGCUACCUGCAUGAGCAGCUGGCCCCGGCUCCGGCGCCGGAGGCCACCGACGCCUGGAAGCGCUCUCGCGACCUGGAGGCCUUCCUCUCCGGGCCCGAGACAUCCGACCGGCUGCAGCAGCCCACCGCCCCGGCGUCCUAUGUCAGCCACGACUGCGUGCUGGUGGUCGGCAUCAGCAAAACCCGCCUCAUCAUAGACGGCCUCGACGCCGAUACCGGUCUCCCGGCCCCGCGAGCCAGCUCCCGCGGCCGCCUGGCCAUCCGCAUUACCUCCAUUGUCCUUGCCUUCCUUGCCCUGUGUGCCUUCUACUGGUACAACUUCCUGUAAUAUAAUCUGCGCAUGUGCGCAUCUGCCCCUUUCGGAGA